CUGCCUGCUGCUUGGCUAGCCCCUCCCCACAGUCCCUGCCCAUAUGGGGGGCUGGACGCCCUAGCCCUGGCAUGUGCCAGGCUCUGGCACCCUGUGCCCCACCUGCUGGCUCCAGUGUCCCUUGAGGGACACCCAAAAGCAGUUAUUUCCUGUAGACCCAGCCAGGGCAGCUCCUGUCAGCACUCUUACCCCUCCCAGACCCUACGUUCCAUCUCACCCUGUGUCCCUUCCUCUGCAGUGCUCCUGGGGGCUGGCCUUUAUCAGACGGACUCCGUGACAACAACAAAAACGAGCUUCAGUCAGGACGCUGGGACAAGCCCACCCAUGGCCAUGUCCAACAGGACAGCCCAGCUCAUGGUGGGGAAUUACAUCGACCUCACACUGCAGUGCUGGAAUUACUUCGUCGACCUGAUGAGGAAUGUGACAACAUCGGAGAUGUGCGAGUGGAAAGUCAUCAGCAGGCCCUACAGCGAGCUGCAGUACUGCCUGGAGUACUGGGCCGAGCACCUGAACUACAGCUACCCCAACGCCCUGGCCGAGCAAUACAUCUUCCAGAGCCAUUACCUCUACUUCCACAACUGCACCCUGGAGCAUCCAGUGUACUCCGACCCACCCGAAGAUGUGCUCCUGGCCAUGAUCAUCGCACCCAUCUGCCUCAUCCCCUUCCUCGUCACCCUGGUCAUCUGGCGCAGCAAGGACGGCAAGGCGCAGGCCUAGAGCUGCCCUCCCGUCCCGCGUCGGGGCCGCCCGACCACCCGAGCCGCCCGGUGGGCUCUCCGGGCCACCAACCCGCGCUGCUGAGGCGGCCGGUUCCUCCUGCGCUUUCCCCACCCUGCGGCCCGGGAUUAAACGUUUCUCCCUCCA